AGUCAGGCCAGUUGUGGAAAGCGUACAGGAAGUAAACAUAAAAUGGUCUCGGCAGAGGAGUAGAAUUAGGAAUAUUAUCUAAAAUACCAAAAAUGGACCGCUUUUCGUGGUCAAAUGGGCUCUUAGAAAUUAACGAAACUUUGGUUAUUCAGCAGCGGGGUGUCAGGCUGUAUGACGGAGAUGAUAAGGCUAAACUGGAUGUUGGAGUGGCCUUGUUGAGCACACAUCGGUUGAUCUGGAGGGACGUUAAAAACCAUGAAUGCUGUAUUGCCAUGCCUCUGUCACAGAUUCUCUUAUUUGAGGAGCAGGCUGCAGGGAUAGGAAAGAGUGCAAAAAUAGUUAUCCACCUGCAAGAAACACCUGCCAAUAAGGAGCCGGGUCCCUACCAAAACAGCAAGUACUCCUUCAUCAAGCUUUCAUUCAAGGAACACGGGCAGAUUGAGUUUCACAGGAGACUAACAGAGGAAAUGACUCAGAAGAGAUGGGAGAGUACACCGGUGUCACAACCCAUCUCCGCAGGAACUAGCUCACAGGCGGGAAGAACGCGUGCCGUGGGUAUUGUUGGCAUUGAGAGGAAGAUAGAGGAGAAGAGGAAAGAAACAGACAAAAACAUUUGUGAGGCUUUUGAGGACCUCAGUAAGCUGAUGGUGAAGGCCAAAGAGAUGGUGGAGCUGUCCAGAUCUAUUGCCAACAAAAUCAAAGACAAGCAGGGAGACAUUUCAGAAGACGAGACGAUACGGUUCAAGUCCUACCUGCUCAGCAUGGGUAUUGCCAACCCUGUUACCAGAGAAACGUAUGGGACGGGUACACAUUACCAUAUGCAGCUGGCUAAGCAGCUGGGAGAUAUGCUACAGGCCCCUCUAGAGGAGCGUGGCGGUAUGAUGGCUCUCACUGAGGUGUACUGUCUCGUAAACCGCGCCAGAGGGAUGGAGCUUUUAUCUCCAGAAGAUUUGGUAAACGCGUGCAAGAUGUUUGAGUCGUUGAAGCUACCGUUGAGGCUACGUGUGUUUGACAGUGGUGUGAUGGUGGUCCAGCUGCAGUCUCACAGUGAAGAGGAAAUGAUCGCCUCAGCACUGGACUAUGUGACCGACAAAGGCUCUUUGACAGCAGAGGAGUUUGCAAAGCUCUUGGGUCUCUCUGUUCUUCUGUCUAAAGAGCGAUUGUUGCUGGCUGAGAAGGUGGGCCACCUCUGUCGAGAUGACUCUGUGGAGGGUCUGAGAUUCUACCCAAAUCUCUUUUUAAAUGCUUAGAGUUAUUAUAGCUAAGAUAGAAAAACAUAUCUUCAACUGGGCUAUACUGUCUUUGCUGGUUGGCUGAUGUUGGCUCCAGCGGCAGAGUGUAUUUAGUCAUUGUUUUUUAAACGGUUGUAGUUCCGUUAGUGCUAUAUUACAAUCCACUGUAUAACAAGCUCUUUUCUAUAGGUCUAAGAGCCAAAAAGGGGGUAAAGAAUUCUGCAAAUAAAUACUGUACAUGCAGCAAAGAGUUCCCAAAUUGCUUUGCUUGAUGGAGUGACCACCAAGUGGGAAAAUUGGCCUACUGGAAUAUACACUGUGCAUUUUGUCACAGAGCUCAUACCUUGUUUAAAAAAACUGUGGAGUAUAAUAAUAAUAAGGCUUUAGUCACUGUUCACAUGGUUUCUGAAUUCAAAAUAAAAUGUUUUGUUAUAAAUAAUUACGUAAUGAAG